GCAUCACACCUUCAUUCACAAAUCAUCAAAGUGACGAUAGAGGAGACAUUGCUGUCCAGGAUCAUACAGAAACCAAAACUGUUCUAGAGAAUCGCACAUCGAAAUAAGACGGAUCAUUUCUGCACCGGGAAGUUACUAUUCUUCACUUUGAGUUGUUGGACAUGCCACCUCAAAUGGAUUAUUAUUGUGAAGAAUCCCGCGUCCCGUCUUCAUGCGGACUGAUGAGCCAAGAGUCCGGGUUGGAGAGGGAGCCAGCGCCGGGGUUGGAGAGGGAGCCAGCGGCUAUCAGCUGUAUGCUGGUGGGGGACGGGGCGGUGGGCAAGACAAGCAUGAUAGUCAGUUAUACCACAAAUGGAUACCCCACGGAAUACAAACAGACCGGCUUUGAUGUCUUUUGUGGUCAAGUCCAAGUAGAAGGAGCCCCAGUUAGAAUACAACUUUUGGACACCGCUGGACAGGAGGUGUGUGAUGAAUUCCGCUCCCUCUCCUACUCCCACACGGACGUCUUCCUGCUCUGCUUCAGUGUGGUCAACCCCACCUCCUUCCACAAUGUCACCAAAAAGUGGAUCCCCGAGAUCCGAGCCUGCAACCCCUCAGCUCCCAUCAUCCUCGUGGGCACCCAGUCCGACCUCCUGCUGGACGUCAACGUCCUGAUCAACCUGGACCAUUGCCGGGUCAAACCGGUGCUGACCAAUCGGGCGCAGAGCAUGGCGGAAAAGAUCAGAGCGGUGGACUAUGUCGAGUGUUCUUCGUUGACGCAGAAGAACUUAAAAGAGGCGUUCGACGCGGCCAUCUUUGCUGCCAUCAAACACAAGGCCAGGAAGGAGAAGAAGAGGCGGUUGUCGGAAAGACGCAGCAAGGCCGUCUCUAAAUGCAGCUGGAAGAAGUUCUUCUGUUUUAUCUGAGAUACAGACCCCAUUGGUCACGGACAGAAAGACUAUUAUUUAUUAACUUAUGAAGAAUUUGUAAGAGCAAUGGAACUUUAGGAUUAUCCAGCAGUGCUGAAUGAACUGAGCUCUAUGGACCUAUAAAACAGUUUAGUUCUCUCCUGGUCUGGAGACAGUAGUAUAGAUACCGAGGCUCGCUUUGCCAAUAGUCUAUGGUUGGGUGUCUGGUCUGCUCUGAGCAGGCUCUCUCUCUCUCCUUAACUCUUUCUGUGUGGAUUGAGUUUGCUUUGAUUAGUGAUUUACAUUGAUCAGAACAAAAGCAGGGCACAUUAGCAUGUCUGAUUGUUCAGGUUGACAGAUAGUCACUAUCCAAAAGUCUGUUAAGUACGCCCACAAGGUUUUAGGUAACCAAGUGAGAAGCGAAAGAAUAGAGAGAAUAUUAAAACCAUGUACAUCACAAGCAUCUUGUCAUUGGGACAAGGCCGUCAUGUAAAUGUUAUGAACUAAUUUGCAUGGUCUGGAUUGGUGCCCAUUCCAACCUGAGAUUUUACUCCCCCUGACUCUGUGUGGUAGUACCGUGUAGCUCAGUUGGUAGAGCGUGGCGCUUGCACCGCCAGGGUUGUGGGUUGGAUUCCCAUGGGGGACCUGUGGGGUGUGAGUGGGUUGAGAGAGAGAGAGAGAGAGAGAGAAGACAGUUGUUAGCCUUUUCUCCUUUGUGUUCUGUGCUGCCGAGCCACACAGACCCAGACCUAUUCAUAUGCAACAGUGUAUGUAGGCUGAAGUCACAGCGCUAGGCUAGGUGCUAACUUCUUCACUGUGUGUGAACUGGGAAUGGCUCACAGGCCUAUGUGUUGAUUAUAGUAUUAGGCUUUGAUGUAAUGAGCGGUCAGUAUCAACACUAGCCUGUGACAAGAUGUAGAGUAGUAAGGAGACUUACACUGCCCCAGUCACCAGCCCAGCAGAAACCCAGCCCAGUCCCCAGCCCAGCCACCCCAGGGAUUGACACUCCUGUCUCUGGGACCUCAUUUGUCUCUGGGACCUCAUUUGUCUCUGGGACCUCAUUUGUCUCUGGGACCUCAUUUGUCUCUGGGACCUCAUUUUCUUCUAUAUUUGUUUGUUUACGCCAGUAAAACAAAAAAGCCCAGCCCAGCCCAACCCCCAGCCCAGCCCAGCCCCCAGCCCAGCCCAGCCCAGCCCAGCCACCCUCCAGUGAAUGAAACACUCCUGUUUGUCUCUGAUUCUCUGUUAGUUGAUGCUGACCACACUACCGUAUCUCCAGACAAAUCAGCCUGCCCAAUCUAUAGGAUACCAUGUGUACAUUAUAGGAGGCUUAGUAGAACCUGCUUCAAUGUUAACGCUCACUUGAAAUAACUUGCGUGCCCGGCUGGUUCUGUGUUGUUUUGUAAAGUGAUGUUAUUGCCAGACCGAUGAUUGGUGACAGUCAGUCCUAGCUGGUUUAUAGAUAUGAGGGUUGGUACCCAGGCUAGAUGAGGGUUGGCACCCAGGCUAGAUGAGGGUUGGCACCCAGGCUAGAUGAGGGUUGGCACCCAGGCUAGAUGAGGGUUGGUACCCAGGCUAGAUGAGGGUUGGCACCCAGGCUAGAUGAGGGUUGGCACCCAGGCUAGAUGUGUGUUGGUACCCAGGCUAGAUGUGUGUUGGCACCCAGGCUAUAUUAUUUUUAUACUUCUUGUGGAAGAGUGAAUGUAAAUUUGAAAUCUAUUUCUGUUUGUUUAAAACAGUUCAUUCAACUUUUAUUUUUUUUUGCCUGCAAUUUUACAGAUCUGUGAACAAGUUUCAAUUUUUGUGAAUGGGUAUAUUUUCGUCACUAAUCUCAAAACCAAACCCUCUGUCACUAGUGUCUACUUUUCCAUGCUGUGUUUGAAGGAAGUGAUGGAAAUCAAUUCUGGAGAAGAACAACAACAAAAAAAUCGAUGUCAUAUUUUUUUGUCAAAAUGUAUCGCUGCUACAUUUGAAUAAAAUAACACAUGUAUAUUGA